AUGAGUACAUUUUUGAAAAUACUAACAAUUCUUUUAAUUCUCUCUGUUUUAAAAAAUGAAAUUGCAUUCGCAAGAAGCAUAAAGAUGAAAAGAUCGCCGGACUUUUGGGAUUCAAUUAAAAGUAUUUUUGGUGCUACAACCACUCCAAAUCCAUGUCAAGAAUAUUCAGCUGAUGGUGACUGCCUAGGAAAUAUAGAUGAAGCAACAAUUGAAUAUAAAUGUGUGUUCUGCAAAAAUACAAGCAGAUUUGUAUUUUCGAAAAGUUUAAAAGUUAAACGAUCUCCAGAUUUUUGGAAUUCGAUUAAAAGUAUUUUUGGUGCAGCUUCAACAACAGAAAAUCCAUGCCAAGCAUACUCAAAAGAUGGAGAUUGUCUUGGCGUUAUUGAUGAGGAACUAGUUGAAUAUAAAUGCAUGUUUUGCUCUAAGAAAUGCAAAGAUGGAACCAUUUUGGAUAAGUCUAACUUCUGUCGAAGAAUCAUCAGCUUUAAAAGACCAAAGUAG